UCUCCCUCAUCCUAUGUCGCGCUUGCCCUGCACAGCAAGCGGGUGCUCGUUCCUGGAGUAUACGACGUUGGGGCGCGGCCUCGACACUGCUCAUCGAUACCGUCGGACUGGCCCCCGUCUCGACUCCUUCGCGUCAACUUGGACCUCAUCGCUCCUCUUAUGGCCAACCGUUCAUCACUCGCUCGCGUAUUCAAGCCCCAGGAUUCAGCGCUUAGCAUGCGUUUCAUGAGCUUGCGUAUCACUACUCCGUCCCUAGCCUUUUCACCUCCGUCUCACUUCGAUGACCCUCGCCAAUCCGGCGCGGUAUCUCAUGUCGCCCAGAUCGUCCGCAGCGCCAUCCGGCAACUAGCGUCUUUCCAUCCUGCGGACGCCUCUCGGCGGCGUACGCUUCCGUGACGACUGUCCGAGAUUUCUCCCACCACUAGUCGGUAUUCACCCUCGCCUUCGGAGUGCGGUCCAUGUGCCCUCAUCAAUAAAACCUCCAUUC